CACCCAUUGGGUGCCCCUGUGCCCCCCCCGUCCAGGUGCCUGCACCCUGGGGUGCCCCCGUUGGCGCUGGACGCGGAGUUCUGGGCGCUGCGGGACAGCCUCAUGCAGUGUGAGCUGUGGGUGCUGCGGGUGCUGCGGUUCCGCCUGCCCCUGGCGCAGGCGCACAAGUACCUGGCUCAGUUCGCGCUGGCGCUGGGGCAGUGGGCGCGGGGGGGGCGGGGGGGGGCGCCGGGCGUGGCCUGGGCGCUGCUGCGGGACGGGGCCGCGGGGGGGCUGGGGCUGCAGAGCCCCCCCCAGCACGUGGCGGCCGCCGCGCUGCACCUGGCCAUGGAGCUGUGCGGGUGCGGGGCCCCCCCCGGCGCGCCCCCCCACUGGUGGCAGGUGCUGAGCCCUGGACUGGGCCAAGAAGAGCUGGAGGAGCUGGAGCGGGAGCUGCUGGGGCUCUAUGGGCUCGACACCGAGGUGGGGGGUGACGACCCCCCCUGUGCCCCCCAAGUGACGCCUGGGCCCCCCCCCAGCCCCGACCCCAGGCCCGGGCCCUCCCGUGCCCCCCAGUACAGGCACAGACCCUUCCGCGCCCCCCCGGACUGAGCCAUGGACCCCCCUGUGCUCCCCAACC